AGGUGGUGAGCAGAGCCUUGAGAAGUGCGUGUGGAGGUCAGAGAUGCAGCAGGCACAUGCCAACGGAGCUUCCUGCUGGGCGAGGCAUGCUCGGGUUCGGCCCAUGUGAGAUGCCUCCUCCCAAUCCCAGACCACCCUUUCCUGGGCCUGGAGGUUGAGAGAGCUGCCAUUAGAAAAGCGCCUUGGGCUGGUGCACACUGCACUGUGGGCUGUGCAGCGCAAGGAGGAGGAAGAGGAGGAGGAAGAAGACCAGGCACAGCUGGAGGGAGAGCCUGAAGAUGGCCAAAGAAGAUUCUGCUGUUCGUUGCUUCCAGAGCCUGCUGAUUUUUGGACAUGUGAUUGUUGGUAUGUGCGGCAUCGCCCUGACCGCAGAGUGCAUCUUCUUUGUGUCCGACCAGAACAGCCUCUACCCGCUCCUUGAAGCCACCAACAAUGACGACAUCUAUGGCGCUGCCUGGAUUGGCAUGUUUGUGGGCAUCAGCCUCUUCUGCUUAUCCGUUCUAGCCAUCGUAGGCAUCGUGAAGUCAAACCGGAAAAUUCUGCUGGCGUACUUCAUUCUGAUGUUUAUAGUAUAUGGCUUUGAGGUGGCAUCUUGUAUCACAGCGGCAACGCAACGAGACUUUUUCACGCCCAACCUCUUCCUGAAGCAGAUGCUGGUAAGGUACCAGAACAACAGCCCCCCAACGAAUGAUGACGAAUGGAAAAACAAUGGGGUCACCAAAACCUGGGACAGGCUCAUGCUCCAGGAUCACUGCUGUGGAGUCAAUGGCCCAUCGGACUGGCAGAAAUAUACGUCUGCCUUCCGGACAGAGAACAAUGAUGCCGACUACCCCUGGCCUCGGCAGUGUUGUAUCAUGAACAGCCUUAAAGAGCCUCUCAACCUAGAUGCCUGCAAGCUUGGGGUGCCCGGUUAUUACCACAAUCAGGGCUGCUAUCAACUAAUCUCUGGACCAAUGAACCGACAUGCCUGGGGGGUCGCCUGGUUUGGAUUCGCCAUCCUCUGCUGGACUUUCUGGGUUCUCCUGGGCACCAUGUUCUUCUGGAGCAGAAUUGAAUAUUAAGACUGAAAUGUUCCCAUCGUGUCUUCUUCCUGUGACUCUGGACUUGGUGCUGUGACACACCGUCUCCUCACAAUCCCCACGAGUGCUCCACAGUCGCAUGCAUAGGUCACUCAAAUUGCCAACUCGGGUGGGAUGGAGUUCCUUUCAUCUCUCGGGCUUCCUCACUCUUCAGGAGUAAUAUUUCUUGUCUUCAUCUAAGAUUCUACAACGCUUGUUAUGCACUGUAAGAUAAAAAAAUUGUAAGAUGACUCUCAUCCCUGUUUAUCUUUAAUGUGGGGGAAUAAGGAUCUUACAAAGGCACCUGUAUUGUCACGGAAUGACAGGUCUGUAUUUAAUAGCAAAUGUGGAAAGCAAAUACAGUAUAAAAGCUUUGCAAGCCUUCCGUGUGUCCCAGCAUUGUCUGCUGAGGGGAGGAAAGGGCAGACUGCCGAAACGUGCCUUCUUUCUGCCUUUGGUUCUGUGUGGCACCUGCUUGCAGACUGGUGAGUCUCUUGAUGCCACCUUCAGAUCCUUUGUUCUCCAGAAGAACCCUUGAUCUUCAGUCAGCAGCUCAACUUCCCUCUCCUGCCUUUCAGGGGUGAGCCACGUACUGACCUCAUUCUCGACUAGCUGAAAGUAGGUCAACUCUGGACACGUGGACGGGGCCCGUCUUUGCCCUGAAUGGUCUCAACCUGAAGCAUUUUUUCUCCAGCAGGUGCGACACAGGCCAACUAUUAGAGCAAGUGACUUAUGGGGACUUUCGUUUGCUGUCGAAAUGUUUUUCUUCUGAACCAUGCUGACGUUCUCACAACUUACUUUUUGUCUAUAAAUAAAAAGGCCUCUUAAAUUCGGU